AUGAGUAAUGAUUGUCUUCCAAAGCAACCAACUGAAAAGGAAGUGGAACAGAUAAACAAACAGGUGCAAGAAGAAAAGGGGAUUCACAAGGAAGCAGGGUUGAUCAGCAAAAAGGAAGGUGGUUCACUAUUUCUAUUUGAUCGAAUGGUUUUGAGAUACUUCAGAAAGGAUGGGCAUAAUUGGAGAAAGAAAAAACAUGGAAAAACCGUGAAAGAAGCUCAUGAAAAAUUGAAUAUUCAGAAAAUCCUAACCUCCAUCACGUCGUCAUCUAUCUCACCGUCGCCACCCUUUGCGCUCAAGAUCGCAACCAGGUUUGUCGCUGUGUUAGCCAGCUUGCCAUUCCUCUUGCUGUUUUGCUUGUCGUGCUGCUCGCCUCUCUCUCUCACGGUUCUGCUCGCCAUGCUGCUGGAAGCUUCUAAUGAUAUUUCAUUAACAAGUUCAGGUCAAUGCGUCUCUCAUGUGGUUUCUAGCCAAGAUAAUUCAAGCGAAAGCAAAUUGAGGUAUCUCCUUGACAGCUCGGAAUACGUGCUUACUUUUGGGUGUCCUGACGGAAGGAUCUUCUUGCCAGAAGGUCUCUUGGACCGAUCCGAGAUCCCAUCAUACUUGACUGGAGAAGUUCCCAGAGACUACUUGGAACUUCUCACAAAUGCCUUGGACCAUGAAAAUUGGUCACUGGUUCAAUUCCUCAUGUCAUCUUCUUACAGUGGAUAUGGCACCUUCAGCUUGCAACAAGUAAAAAAGUUCACAAAUGUUCUAGAAAAAAUUAUGUAUGACCUAAGGAAAGGAAGUUUAAGAGGGCUAGAGGAAGGAGGAACAGCAAAGGAAAUAGAAUUUAAGUUGUAUUAUUUCUGUAUUUUUUUUCAGUAUUUAGUUUUGGAAUUCGAACUCGAGAUUUAUUUUGCAUUUAAGUAUUAGUUUUUUAAUGUAUAAAACAAUUAUCACAAAAAUUAUAUGUCACUAAUUAUUGUUUGAUUUAUCUUGUACUAAAAAUUGUAUAUUAUAUUUGUA